UCUCCCUCUGACCUCUACGUUCUGCCAGUUCGCGUACUUGAAGUGCUGCUCUCCCCAUCUCAUCAGACUGACCUUCCUGAGGGUCGCCGCUCACCCUCCUCUGCUAGCGCUCAAGCCCUCACACUGCGCAGAAUGGUGCUUCACCUCUGCAAGCGCGGCUACUUUCGUUCGAUUGCCCUCCUCAUCGAACGCCAGACCACUAGUCCCGUCUCCGACGCCGAGAACGGAGGAGAGGAGGAGGAGGCCGACCUGGACCCCGAGGAAUUUGUUCGACAGCCGAAGCACCGGGCAAUGCUGGAUCUUCUUCAGAUUCCCUUCCAGCAUUACACCCUGAGCAACACAGCCACAACUGAUCAGUUGACUGUGGACUUCCUGUCGGCCGCCCUCACCGACUCCCUCUCGGCCAACGCUGAGGACAACUACGCCGUCUCUGUAAAAAUUUCUCGGCUUGUUAUUCCAACCAUCCUGAAGGCUAUUCCCUCUGAACUUCUGAUUGGCCAGCUCUUUACCGCAGCUUCCAGGGCCGAGGCCAGUGGAGGAGUAACCACAACGGGACUUCGCCCCACUCUCGCUCUGCUUCACUACUUCGUCCGGCAAAUUGUUCCUGGUCUUAUCAACAUGGAGGAUACCAGUGCGAGCUCGUUGGUAACCGCAAGGCAGGCACAGCAGCGAAAGAUGGACACAGCCUCUCCACCCUCUGAUAUUAUAAUGACGGAGGAGGAGCCCGCUGAACUGCUUUGGGCCUCCACUGCAGCAACAGCGACCACAGUCUCCGAGUUUGCACCCCUCCAGACCGCCCGCGUGCUUGCCAGUCUCCGCAUCAUGGCUUGGAUGUUUAGGGCCCUGCUGCGGGAUCGCUGUACGCCCAGCCGAUUCUCACCGCCCUUCCCACCGACACCGCUACAACUCACUGGUGAUGAAGGCCUCUCCGAUGACGAGGAGGACGAGGAUGAGGAGGAACUAGAGAGACUGUCCAGUACCUACAUCUCUUCCGACAGGUCCAACUCACGCACAGACACUACCCUGAAUGAUUUCGUCCCGGCCUGGCCCUCACAGGUAGUGGAAGUGUUCACCGGUCUCCAGGCCUGUCUACCUUCCCUCGCAUUCGUCGCCCUUCAAAGUCUUCACUCGGCACAGCAGCCGACCCCUGUUGAGCCAGAUCUCCCAAUGACUGAAACUAUUGCCACCCUCUACUACAUGCUAGCCUUUGUGAAGUGUGCUUCCGCAAACAGUCUCAUCCCCAGGGCCGUCCUAACUCUUGCUGUCUGUAUCACCUUUGUUUUUUGUUGUCUCCUCUGCAGCCUACACUCCGUUCUCUCGCAGUUUCCGGCCUUUUUGCGGGAUCUGUGGCAUCUAGCCGAGUCCAUGGAUGACACUCUGGUUGCCUGUGUCAGAAGACCUCUUGAGGAUGCCGAAAAGUGGCGACCCAGAGUAAAACUCUUCGAAUUUGUUUCCUCCGGCGAGAUGGAUUGUCUUCCGCCAAACAUUGAUAGGUAA